AUGGCACCAGGAUCCAAUGUCACCACCGGAAGAGCGUUGGGGUCAGAAAUUGUAUUCCGCGAAACAAGGCUUCCAUGUCUUCAUCAGAUGGAUCUAUAUGUGGUUAAGAAAUCUAGCAUGAUGCAAGCAAAAUCAGUUUCCUCCGCCCGAACCGCGGGGAAAGCAAUUUUCCUUUAA